ACACGCACAUUUGUAUAUAAAGGAACGCUCAGCAAUUUGACUGCCUGUUCUUUGUCUGUACGUAUCGGUUGUGGAUUGACUCGCAGUUCUAACGGUCCUAAAACAAUUUUGACUUGUGUAGUUUCAGUCAUCAAGAAAUUCAAGAAACAUGUAUCGGCUCUUUAUGACGAUGACGGUAAUCACGGUAAUCAACUUCGCGUCAAUCAACGCGGAGUUGAUUAGAAUUCCGUUAUACAAGACAUUCACCGAUGAAAAAUUUUUGACGGAAACUAUGGCACGACUCCGUUCUGGUACGGCAAACGUAUCUCUGAUUGAUUAUGACAAUUUACAAUAUUAUGGUACUAUCGAGAUUGGAACUCCACCGCAGACAUUUAAAAUACUUUUCGACACUGGUUCCUCCGAUCUCUGGGUACCAUCCAAAAACUGCAACGUCAGGCAACCUGCUUGCUCGAAACAUAAUAAAUAUGAUAAUACACAGUCCACCACAUACGUGCCAGAAAAAAUUACGUUUGAUGUUUCUUACUACGAUGCAAAGUGGCAAGAUGUCAAAUUGUACGGAAACUUAUCUAAUGAUAACGUAAUCAUUGGUGGCCUUGGGGUAACAUCUCAGAUAUUCGGCGAAGUGUUUAAUUUCUCGGAAGGUUUUUUGCCCUGGGCACAAUGCGACGGCGUUUUGGGGAUGGGUUAUCCCGACUUAUCUGAAUUUGAAGUGCCUUCUGUCUUCCAAAACAUGAUUGAUAAACAUGUGGUGUCCCAACCAAUUUUUAGCUUCUAUCUAAAUCGAAAUCUCACGGUCGUGUUCGGCGGUGAACUGAUAUUGGGUGGCACCGAUCCUUCUCAUUACGAGGGCGAGUUUACGUAUGUUAAUGUUACUAAAAAAAAAUACUGGCAAAUUACCAUGGAUAAAUUUCAAAUAAAAAAUUACACCUCUUGCUUGGAAGGCUGUAAAGCUAUCGUCGACACGGGUUACCCUAGGAUAGCUGGACCACCGCAGACUAUCGAAGUUAUUUACAGAGAAAUCGGUGUUGUUAAUGAUACGGUGCCAUGCGACGAUGAUUAUAUUUCUAAAUUGCCCGAUAUCAAUUUCGUCAUAGGUGGUAAGACGUUUCGACUCAUUGGUCAAGAUUAUAUCUUGAAGCUCGGCGCUGAUAUUGGAGGUAAAUGCAUUCCCGGCUUCCAAGCUGUUCCUCCGUUUGAUGGUAUAGAAUGGGUUUUGGGCUAUGUAUUUAUUGGUCGGUACUACACCGUAUUUGACAUGGAGAACGACCGAGUGGGAUUCGCUACUGCAAAAAAUUAAAUCUUGAUUGCCUUCUCAUGAAGUUAUCAUUAAAUAUUAGGAAAUCUAAGUGACAUUUUACUAAACAAAUAAGUCAUAUUAUAGCUUCUUUAGAAUAUCGACUGACAUAUGGUCUGUAAUUUUAUUUGGACUAUUAUUUAUAUGGUAUAUUUUUAAAUUAAUACGUAUAUGUGAGAAUUUAGAAGAUAUAUAUGCAAUAUUUAUUCUACCAACGAUAUGGUACAUCUUGUUCUUUCGACAACUAUCGAAUUGUUAGAUAUUGUGAAUACAACACUUGUAUAUAAGUCUAUUAAAAUGAAGUAUAUAUUUUUAA